AUGAACACUAUUCUAUUUUUAUUAUGCUACGCUUUCCUUGUUGUUGAAGUUUCAUCAGAAUUCAACAAGCAUUUUGCUGAUUUUGUGGAAGAAAACUAUGGGAAAACCUUUCUAGAUACCUUACAAAGAAUUGAUCUUGGAGACAGCGGUUCAUUUGGUGGGAAGAACAAUGCUGAGGAAGAAAUCAAAAACGAUCCAGUUAUUUUCGUUCAUGGCGUUUCCGACAUUGCCGGGGGGAAAAUGCAAGCGCUAGCCGCUACUUAUAAAAAACACGGUUACACUAGUGGAGAGUUAUAUGCAACGACUUAUGACAGUGGGCCGCAUAACAGCCCAAUUGCUUGGACAGAGUAUUCUUUGAAAUGCGAGCAUGUCAAACAGAUUCGAACUUUGAUACUGGCUGUUAAGUAUUACACACAAAAGGAUGUUGAUGUUGUGGCAUAUUCUUUGGGUGUUCCAAUCGCAAGAAAAGCUAUACUGGGAGGAAUGUGCGUUGACACCAGAGAAGAUCUUGGAUCCCCUCUUACACAAUACGUAGACACAUUUAUUGGUGUGGCAGGGCCUAACCAUGGAAUUUCAUUGCAGGUCGCUGGAGUAUCCAUACCCGGCUGCGUUAUCGGUGCCAUCCCUAUUCUGCCAAUCUGCAGUAAGAUCAUUGGAUUGUAUUCAGGGUUCUGCCCAACUGAGAGUGAAUUUCUGACGGAUAUCAAUGAGAGCAACCAUUAUGAAGGUCGAUAUGUCUACUCUCUUUAUACUGAAACUGAUUCUUGGAUUGGGUACCAAAUUUGUGAUAAGGUUACCGCCCGCAUUCCUGGGGAAGAUGGUCACAAGCUGUACAAAAAGCUGUCGCAUGACGAUAUCAUAUUGAGAACUUGCGAUAUGCAAAUUCAAAUGAUGAAAUACCACAAUGAAUUCGACGCUAAAACUAGAGAUGGAACCAGUUCACGGCAGAAAAGUUCACGACAGAAAGUGAAAUCUGCAAAAUUAUCAGAUAGUUCAUCUGAAGCAAGCGGUGAAUCCGGUUCCAGACCGUCAUCAAGAUCAAAGUCUGGUCAAACCAAGAAACGUGAAAUCAAUGAAUAUGACUAUCUCAGUGAAUUCGACCAAUCAGUUUUUGAGAAUGUUACUCCACUGAAAGGAUCUUCUAAGAUCUCAUCCAAACGGAUCGCUGUGAUCCCAUCUUAUCAGCCAGCUACCACUACAAUACAAUCGACUAGAAGCUACGAAUCAUACCUCCCACGCGGAACAGAGAAUGUCAUCGAUAUGAUGAAUGCGAGGCCUUAUCCGAUUGAGACAACGAAAACGCAAGGUGAUAACGUCGGCGGAUAUCACACGCGUAUCAAUGUGUCCUUCGAUUGA